AUGGCCUCUGCGACUGCUCUGCCCAAGCACCCCGUGCUGCGCCGCACCGCGACCUCAGCCACGGCCUCAGCCACGGACUCUGAGUCCUCUGCCGCUGUCACUCCCGCUGAUUCGCCCCGACAUUCGGCAUCGUCUACCUCCCUCUCGUCGCUUUCCUCUCUCGAUGUCGAUGCCAGCAAACAUGAGUACGCCGGGCUUCUCGACACGUACGGCAACCCCUUCACGCCCCCCGACUUCACCAUCAAGGACAUUCGCGAUGCCAUUCCGAAGCAUUGCUUUGAGCGCUCGGCCCUGAAAGGUUACGCCUACAUCCUCCGCGACGUGGUCUGCCUCGCCUCUACUUUCUAUCUCUUCCACAACUUUGUGACACCCGAAAAUGUGCCCUCAACUCCCCUUCGAUUUGUCCUUUGGGGCAUAUACACUGCUCUCCAGGGACUUUUCGGAACUGGCCUCUGGGUCAUUGCUCACGAGUGUGGUCACGGUGCUUUCUCUACCUCAACCUUCAUCAACGACUUGACCGGCUGGGUUCUGCACUCAUCUCUUCUCGUCCCCUACUUCAGCUGGAAGUUUUCCCACAGUGCACACCACAAGGCCACUGGCCACAUGGAGCGCGACAUGGUCUUCUUGCCUCGAACCCGUGAGCAGCAAGCCACCCGUGUUGGACGCAUGGUUCACGAGCUCGGCGAGCUUUGCGAAGAGACCCCCGUCUACACUCUGCUGCACCUUGUUGCCCAGCAGCUCAUCGGAUGGCCCAACUACCUCCUCACCAAUGUUACUGGCCACAACUUCCAUGAGCGCCAGCGUGAGGGCCGUGGCAAGGGCAGGAAGAACGGCUUCGGCGGCCGCGUUAACCACUUCGACCCCAGCUCCCCCAUCUUUGAUCAAAAGCACGCCAAGUACAUUGUGCUUUCCGACAUUGGUCUUGCCAUUGCUUUCAGUGUUCUCGCCUACCUCGGCAACCGAUUCGGCUGGGCCAACAUGGCCGUCUGGUACUUCAUCCCUUAUCUGUGGGUGAACCACUGGCUUGUUGCCAUCACCUUCCUCCAGCACACUGACCCAACUCUGCCUCACUACACCGCCGAGGAGUGGAAUUUUGUCCGUGGCGCUGCUGCUACUAUUGAUCGUGAGAUGGGCUUCAUUGGCCGACACCUGCUCCACGGCAUCAUUGAGACUCACGUCCUUCACCACUACGUCAGCUCCAUCCCCUUCUAUAAUGCCGAUGAAGCCUCCGAGGCUAUCAAGCCUGUCAUGGGCAAGCACUACCGCUCUGAUACCAGGGAUGGUCCCUGGGGUUUCAUCCGUGCUCUGUGGCUCAGCGCACGCUGGUGCCAGUGGGUUGAGCCCAGCGCCGACGCCCAGGGUGCUGCCAAAGGCGUUUUGUUCUUCCGCAACAGCAAUGGCUUGGGCACGAAGCCCAUUUCCAUGAAGACCCAGUAA